CAAUCGUUCCGGGGUGGGUAGGGGGGGGAACGCUUUUCGGCGGACACCUGAGCGGAGGGAGCGGUUCCUUUAAGAGCGCCGCAGCCGCCGCCAUGAUCUGCUUGGUGCUGGCGGUUUUCGCCAGCGUCUUCCACAGCGCCCGCUCCGGUGUCACCGAGCGCACCUUCGUCGCCAUCAAACCGGACGGCGUCCAGCGGCACCUGGUGGGGGAGAUCGUGCGGCGCUUCGAGAGGAAGGGCUUCAAGCUGGUGGGGCUGAAGCUGCUGCAGGCCUCAGAGGAGCUGCUGAAGGAGCACUACAUCGCCCUGCGGGACCGGCCCUUCUACGGCCGCCUGGUGAAGUACAUGAGCUCGGGGCCCGUGGUGGCCAUGGUGUGGCAGGGCCUGGAUGUGGUCAGGAUGGCGCGCGCAAUGAUCGGAGAGACCAACCCGGCUGAGUCCAGGCCUGGCACCAUCCGUGGAGACUUCUGCAUUGAAGUUGGCAAGAAUGUGAUUCAUGGCAGUGACUCGGUUGAGAGUGCCCAGCAGGAGAUCUCCCUCUGGUUUCGCCCAGAGGAGCUGAUGUGCUGGGAGGACGCGGCUGAAUGAUGGAUCUAUGAGUGAUGGGACAGCCUGAGGGAAGUACAUCUUCCUAACUUGAGCAUGGGGCAUUUUCAUCAGUUCCAUUUUGGCCCCUCAGGUUGGCUGUGGAUUCUGCUGUGGUAUCAUGUGCUGGGAGUUUCUCUUUUGUGUGUCUGUGGAGGGGUCCUGGGAGCUGGUCUGUGUUUGUAACUCAGCAGUUCAGCUCCUUGCAAUAGUAGCUAUUUUAUUUUUUUUCCCCCCCUCCAUCUCCUGUAGUAAGUAGUUAGUGUUGCUGCUCAGUUUGCUGCGGCAUCCCAAAGUCCUUAAGUGGCUCAAGGUGAUUUAUGAAGGAGAGUGAAAGCUGGGCUCUGUGCUGGCAGGCCUACCAGGCACAGGAGGACACAUACUCCUAGCCCUGGGGAGGUGUGCUUCUCACUAUGGGGUGCAGUCACUGUUAUCCACUUGCAUUUUGGUGAGGUUCCUCACCAGAGGCUUUUAAAGAACUGAGCUGCUGUAGAAUUAAGUGGAAAGCGCAGAGGUUGGUGACACUCUUCACUGUAAUGUGUCCCUUGUGUGCAAGGCAGAAGCGGCCUGUGGAGGAGGAGGUUCAGAGGACCUUAGCUGGGCUCCUGCUGUGAGCUGUUCAAUACUGGAGGCUUCCUGACUUCCUGUGACAGCAAGGCCUGUCACUGGAGAGGCUCAGUGCCACUUGUUUGAAUGUGUUCCUGUGUCCUUUACUCCUGGGUCACGUUUUUGCCUCUUAGUUUUCACACUACCGUCCAUUUCAUUAAGCUGUUUCUGAGCCCUCUGCACAGCUUGCCAAAAUGGAAGGGCAGUGACUGUGGCACUGCUUUCUGCUGUGGAGCAGGGGUCUGGUGAAACCUGAGGGAACAAGGCUUUUGUUGCAUGUAGGCUGAGAUACUUUGCUCGUGUCCUGCAAACCCAUCUCCUUCUCUUGAGCUAGCAUGAUUUGUAUCUGCUGGGGAAUGAGUGCAGUUCCCCACCUCCCGCUUCUACCCGCAGGCUGGCCUGGGGUGGUGGGGCUGAGCAGAUAAAUACCAGGAGUAACAGGGGGAGAAGGGACUCAGGGACUUCUGUGAGCAACUGUGGCUUUCCUCUGCUGUCCAGUGGCAACACACAGCAUUUCUGAUAGCCAGAGAACCUCAUGCCUUCAGGGCCUUCUCCAAAUGGCUGGUUACGGCUCUAAACAUCUCAGAGAUCGUUUGUUCCCAUAAAUCAUCCAUGUGCUUUUAUUUAUAAUAAACUCUGGAGAGUCCCAUCUCUUCUGGUUGUUUUCUGGGGGAGUGGGAGGUGGCUCUAGGCCAGCACUCACAGGGAUAUGAGCCAGGGCCAGUUUUUCUGAUGGAACUCUAAUGCUAGUGGCAACUUUUCUUUAUUGCCCCAGAGAUGCACAGGCAAGGCAACAAAUGGGGAAGGACCCACAGUUUGUCAAGAUAUUAAAAUCAUUUAGGAGUGAUUAUAAGGGAGUUUGUGUAAUGGCAUUCAGAUUAAUGACCAACAACUGGUAACUAGCAAAGGCAGUCUACAGUCUUAUUCAUAACUUUCACUACUUCCCUCUUCUGUUGCUCUAAAUAUUGUCACAUGCAUUUCUUAAGUUACUUAAAUUGGACAAAAUAAACCUGAGCUUAUUUAAACA